AUUUCUAAUCUUUACAAUCAAGUAGGAAUCGUGUUGUCUCUUUGAUAAGGAGCGGUUAUAUCUAUGAUAAAAAGACUACUUUAUUUUAAGGAAAAUACCAUUUGAAAGUUGAUGCUCGAAGUGUUCGUAGAAGGAAAAACACAUUUCAUAAUAAAGCCGUUUAUUUCAGUAAAAAAAAUAUAUACAUAUCCUAAGACUAGAUAGACCAUAAGGAACAUGACUCAAAAAAAUAAUGGCAUUUUUAAUCGUGAAAAAGCUAAAGAUUUCACAGAUACUGAUACAGAUAUAGAUGGGAAUUCUAAUAGCACUGCCGUGGCCAGUAUUGGCACCCCAGAGGACACACCGGCAGAUUUUGACAAAGCUAUUGAGACCGCUGGCUUCGGACGUUUCAACCUAAUCCUAUUUAUUUUGGCAAUAUUAGGAACUUGUGCCAAUAUGUUUGAAUCUACCACAAUGUCAUACAUUCUGCCCAUUGCGGAAUGUGAUCUUCACUUAACACUAACGGAUAAAGGAGUCCUGAAUGCCUGUGCAUAUGCCGGCAUGAUUAUUUCCGCUAUUCCCUGGGGAUAUUUGUCUGAUACAAAGGGUCGUCGCAAGGUGCUUGUCUGUGGUUACUUUUUGACCUGCAUCUGUGUCCUUGGCAGUGCGCUGAGUCAGAACUUUAUAAUGCUGGUAACUUUCAAGUUUUUAUGCGGUCUUAUGGUGAAUGGCCCUGCAGCUGUGCUCUAUACGUAUCUGACCGAAAUGCAUGGUCCCAAAUACAGAUCCUAUGUACUGAUGGUUGUUGGGAUGAUAACUUCUCUAUCUCUAUUGAUAUUGCCCGUGAUGGCAUGGGGCAUCUUUCCCAGGGAUUGGGACUUUGUGCUGUUUGACAGUCUCAACAUUCACAGCUGGCAGGUAUUUUUGUUUGUCUGUGCAUUGCCCAGUUUAUUUAGUGGACUUUUGAUAACUGCAUUACCCGAAAGUCCGAAAUAUCUGAUGUCCCAAAGUCGGAAUGUGGAAGCUUUGCAAGCGCUGCAAAGGAUCUAUCACAUUAACACGGGAAAACCAAAGGACACCUAUCCAAUCAAAUCCCUUAUACUGGAGGUACCUAGUCGUGAUGCCCAGAAGGAUGAAGUUAUCUACACCAUCGGGGAGAAGGCAGCGGAUAAAACUGAGCCUGUCAAGCGUCCAAGUCGAAGUCUGUUGGAGAGUCUGCGGGCUGGAAUGCUUCAGAUGAAGCCCAUGUUCCAUAAGCCACUUCUGGGUCUGGCGCUGCAAUGUUUUACAAUGCAAUUCACCAUGUUUUUGGGAUUGAACAGCUUUCGUCUAUGGCUUCCUCAGUUAUUCUCCUCGAUGGCGGACUAUGAGGCCGAGUUCGUUGGCGAAGAUGUCUCAGCCAGCAUGUGCACGAUUAUUGAGUAUAGCGUCAAUAAAACCGCCGAGACGUUGACAAAUCAUGAGAACGCUUGCGCUGUGCCCAAAACGAUCUCAAUGGAUAUGUACUUGAAUAACAUUAUAGUUUCGGCCUGUGGUGUAGUGGGCUACUUACUCGCCGGAUCGAUAAUACGACUCAUUGGUACAAAGCGUCUUCUAACUUAUGGACUGUUCAUAUCUGGCAUACUUGGCAUGACGCUCUAUUGGUCCUUUAACAGCCUGAUGACAAUUAUCAUCUCCUCGGCCUUUAUUACCGUGGCGUGUGUUUCAGUGUCCUCUCUCCUGGGCGCUGUUGUUGCACUUUUUCCCACACAAUUGCGAUCUCUUGUUGUGGCCACUGCCAUGAUGUGUGGUCGUUUGGGAGCUCUCUCCGGUAAUCUACUCUUUCCAGUUUUCAUGCAGAUCGGUUGUCUACCACCUUUUAUUAUGGUCGGCGCAGCUAUGUUAAUUGCUGCUGUGUUUUCAAUUGUCAUUCCCAAUCCCAAAAAGGCGACAUUUACAUAAAUAAUAUUAUGAAAACUUAUUCUAGGGGUUUUAAUGACUAUGUAUGCCAAUGUAACUUAAAGUUGUUAAAAAUAUUGUUUGCAUAUAUUUAUUUGCCGUUGUUUGUUCAUAAUUGUGCAAGACAAAAAAAUAUAAAGUUGAAUUAAAAUAAUGAAUUGAUUUAAAUUUU